AUGAUAUUCCAUGCAUCAGAUUUAGCAGUAGUUCAAGCAUACCGAGAAUACCAAGUCGACAACGAGGCGCUUAGCAUACCUAAAACCAAACAACUGACAUUGCUUCACUUUCGGCGUCGGUUGGCUGAAAGUCUGUUGUUGCGAAAUAAAAUGUUGAUAUGUAAAAGAGGCCGUCCAAGUGGCAGUAAAGUAAAGCCUCGCAGGCCUCGUAACAGGUGCCCUGCAAAGUUAGGAAUGCUGCAAUUAGUAAAGAAAAUUAAUAUGGGGAAUUAUCCAUAUUCACAGUCUUCAAAUGACUUAUCUGUGAUAUCGACAAGCUCUCAAUCCAUCUAUAGUUCCUACACUCUUGUACAUCAAAGCUCCUUCAUAUUAUAA